AUGACUGAAUACGAUUUUUAUUGUUUACUUGGUUUUCUUUAUUAUUCUUCUACUGUACCGUUACCAAGCAAACCUGAUUAUUGGUCAAAUUUUUCUCGUCAAUCGUUCGUUGCAGACAAUAUCACACGUGAUCGUAUUGAAUAUUUAUUAAGAAUAUUACAUUUACAUGAUAAUACAAUUGAAACAAAUAAGUCUGAUAAAGUUCAGCCAAUAUUGGAUUUUUUCAUUGAACGAUGUAAAAAAAUUGUAGACGCUGAAAAAAAUAUUUCUAUAGAUGAACAGAUGAUAGGUUAUAAAGGAAAAACAGCACCAACUUCAUUCAAGCAAUAUAUGCCUAAUAAACCGACAAAACGAGGAUUUAAGGUAUGUGGAGUAUCCGGUUUUGUUUAUGAAGUAGUUCUAUAUCGUGGUUCAACAAAAUCUGUUUCUUGUACCUCAGCAACACAUCCAAAUACAUCACUAGCACGCUCAACACGUACACUAACAAAAGUAACUACAUAUAACAAUGAAACUUGCGAACAAGUCAGUCAACGUGCACAACAAAUAAAAGAUUUUGGUAUAUCAGGGAUGGUUGUUUUAGAUUUUCUUAAAAAUGUACCAAUUGGUUCAAGUAUAUUUGUUAAUAAUUUCUUUUCAUCAGUAAAAUUAAUCAAAAAAAUGACUGAACUCGGUUAUGGUAUUACCUGUACGUUACGGCCAAAUCGUGUUGGUAAUUGUCCUAUACCAACAGAGCAACAAUUGAAAACAAAACAACGCGGUUAUUAUAAACAUUUUGUUUCUGACGAUAAACAAUGUAUGAUUGUUGCAUGGAAAGAUUCCAAAACAGUUUUAUUGGGCUCAAACCAUGUUGGUAUAGAACCAACAAUAACAUUAUCAAGAUGGAGUAAACAAAGUAACAGUUAUGUUGACGUUUCUGCGCCACAAAUUAUAAAUCAGUAUAGUAAACAUAUGGGAGGUGUAGAUACGUUAGAUAUGCUGGUUUCGCUUCAUCCUAUACCAUUUCGCUCUAAAAAAUGGUACAUGAGAAUUAUUUGGCGAGUUUUUGAUUUAAUGAUUAUCAAUUCAUGGAUAUUGAUGAAUCGUAUUCAUGAUCAUGGCAGUGGUAGUGCAGCUACUGGUAGCAGUCAUCGUCAUCGAGAUUUUCGACUUUUUCAUUUCAAAGGUGAAAUUGCAAAAAUUCUUUUACAACGACCACACAUUCAACAAAUACAACUUCAUUCUUCACAACUCCAAAAUCUAGGCGAUCGUCGUCGUGCAAGACAAUCAGAAGAUGAAAGUAAUGAUGGAAAUAGACCACCAUCAAAAAAACAUCGUGAAAUGUCAUCACUUGUGCCAGAAAUAUUACGUUAUGAUGGUCUAAAUCAUUUACCAGAAUUUGUCCCAGCUCUUAACAAUAGUCGAUGCAAAAAUGAAAAAUGUAAUGGAAAAACCUAUUGGAAAUGCCCUAAAUGUGACAUUCAUCUUUGUAUAUAUAACAUCUAA